AUGGUAGAUGCAGCAGUCGGCUUCGCUCUGAAAGAAAUCCACAUUUUAAUUUCCGAACAAGGAAAGCUCUUAUGCGGCGUUGGGAGCGCAGUGGAGGCGCUCGAGACGCAGCUGAAAGAGAUGAAGUAUCUCCUCGAAGACGCUGACACAAGGCGACACCAAAGCAAAACCAUCACCAACUGGAUCGCCGAGAUCAGAGCUCUCGCAUACAGAGCCGAAGCCGCCAUUGAAAUGCACUCCGCCCAAGCCUCUUCACGAGGCCUCAAAAAUCUCAUCAUCAGAUACUCUUGCAUCCUCGCAGAAUGCUACUCUCUCCGCCAACUAGCGGUUGAGAUCUCAGACAUCGAAUCCAAGCUCGAACAUAUCAACAAGGAGAUGCAAGAAAGCGGCAUAAAAAGGAGCAUCAUUGAUCAUACAAGGGAAACCUCAUCUUCCUCCGACAUCACGAGGAAAACCUUCCCCAAUUUUGAGAUGGACGAGUGCUUUGUCGGGAAGGAGGAUGACCUGAAGCGGCUGGUUUCAGUGGUGGCGGACGACAAAGAAGUGCAUCGGGUUGUAUCAGUGUGGGGGAUGGGUGGUAUAGGCAAGACGGCCAUUGUGAAAAGGGUGUACAACCGAAUAAUUGAGGCCAAGAAGGGUGGCUUUGAAUGUUUCGCGUGGUUUUGCGUGACUCAGCAAUGUCGGGUUCGGUCGGUUUUGGAGGGAGUGCUGAAGCAGCUGAAUCCGAAGAGGAAGGAAGGGGUUUGGAGUAUGAAUGUGGAGGAGAUGAUUGAGCAGCUGUGUGAGAUACAAAGGUGUAAGCGAUGCCUGGUUGUUUUGGACGAUGUUUGGGAGAUUAGGGAUUGGGAGGAGUUGAAGCAUGCCUUUUAUGUCCGAGAUUUGCGGAGCAAGAUUUUGGUGACGACGAGGAAAAGGGAUGUUGCGGAGAUUGGAUUUCCGGUUGAAGUUGGGCUUCUCAAUGUGGACGAUGCUUGGGAAUUGCUCAAGAAGAAAACAUUCCCUCAUGGGAACACUCCAGAAUUUAUAACCGAAUCUGUCGAAAAAAUUGGGAAAGAAAUGGUAGGGAAAUGCGGCAAUUUGCCGCUAGCAAUUUGUUUACUUGGUGGGAUAUUGAGAAAGAAAAACUCAUUAAGGGAUUGGGAGUCGGUAAAUGAGAAGUUCAAUGUAGUUCUAUAUUGCGGCCACGACAAAAGGGACAAUGAGAUUGAUGGAGUGGUAAAUUUAAGCUAUGAAAACCUACCCUAUUAUUUGAAACCGUGCUUUCUCUAUUUGGGUAUAUUCAAAGAGGACGAAAGCAUAGAUGUUAAUCGUGUAUAUGGGAUGUGGAUAGCACAAGGCAUGAUUUCGAAUGAGAGUAUUCGACAAAAGGAUGAAAAUUUAAUGGACGUCGCAGAGCUCUACUUAAGCGAGCUGGCCUCGACGUCCCUUGUCCAAGUUGAAACAACUGAGGAUUAUCUUGCACCCACAAGAAAAUUUGAUACAUGCAAGCUUCAUGAUGUAGUAAGGGAACUAUGUCUUAAAAUAGGAGAAAAUGAGGGCUUUGGUGUGGAGAUUUCCGAGUUUAAAGAUGGGAGGUUUAGUACCAUACCACGAGUAGCACGACAUAUGUCGAUCUAUUUCAAAAAUAAACACAACCGUCUUAUAAACUCUGAUCGUAGAGAAGAACACCUUAGCAAACAUUUAAGAUCUCUUCGAAUACUCAAUGAUGUAACAUGGGAUGCCAUUGAAUUUGGUGUUAUUGAAUUUCCACCACAAAGUAUAGUUGGAUUCAAGAAAUACAAAUUUCUAAGGGAGCUAGUUAUCGAGUCAUUCAAAUUUGAAGGAGGGAAGUUACCAAAAGGAAUCACGGAUCUUCUUCUCCUUCGAUGUAUUCGUUUGCAGCAUUGUGUUCUUGAUAAGCUACCGUCGUCUAUAAGAAAUUUGGUCUACUUGGAUACCAUCGAUUUAGUUGGUUCAUGGAACGUUCGAGUACCAAAUGUUUUGAAUGAGUUGUUUCGAUUGAAACACUUGUUCCUCCCUCCUUAUGAGAAGGACCACAAGGUUGUAAAUCAUCGGUUGAGAUUGGCCGAGGGUGUAGGUGAGUUGGAGAGCCUGGUAGGGUUCAACAGCACUGUCCAUGAAUUAAAAUGUGCUACAACAAUCAAGAAUCUCAGGGCUUUUUCAGCAGAAAUACACGACAACGAAAGCUUGUUAGUUAUUCUCAAUGCCAUCGCUACAAGCUGGAACAAGUUACAGAUAUGUGUUGUUGAGAUUGAAGAGGGCUGCCGGCUAAAAGGUGAGGAAGGGCUGAUGGAGUUAUUGCUUACAUGUCCUAAUCUUUAUUACUUGAGAAUAUCCGUUGAGACGGAACAAUGCUUGCCGGUGAGUAGCGACUUCAUUAGGUCAAGGCUUGUGCGGUUGCACUUGUUGAGCUCUGGGAUUGAGCAUGAUCCGAUGGGGAUAUUGGGAAAGCUUCCUUGCUUGGUUGAACUGUGUUUGAGAUGGGGAUCGUUUGUUGGGGAGAAGAUGAUGUGUCGUGAAUCCGAUUUUCAUCGCCUCAAGAGGCUUGAGCUUACAGGUUUGCCAAGGUUGAGGGAGUGGAGGGUGGAGCGAGGAGCUAUGCCUCUCCUUUAUGAGAUCGAGUUUGAUAAUUGUCCGGAUUUGGAGAUGGUUCCGGAUGGAUUGAGAUGGAUUUCUAGUCUUAAAAGAGUCACGGUUUUUAACAUGCCAGGGUUGGGAAAGAGGGUUUUGGAAUCAGGAGAGGAUUUCCACAAAAUUAGCCAUGUCCCUUCGAUUAAUGUCAUCCAUGACUAG